CUAGAACCAAAAUUCGCCACGACCAAGUACACGACCAGUCACAACAAUCUAAACAGAAGACUCGCAAUAUCUUGGGUACCCGGCUUGAAUAGCCUGUGUCGCCCGAAUAUGGCCUCUGUCACCGUGCAGUCUAAUGAGAUUGCUAAAGCCAGCUUACAUGUCGCCCUUCCAUGGUACACGCACUUGUACACCAUUCCAUUCCUCUCGCUCUAUCCGCUUCUUGCGUAUGCGUAUUACAUCAAGUACGACGACUGGUUGAAAAGCGAGGAGUGGACUUUCCUAGCUUGUGUAUCGUUGGGCGCAGGUCAUGCUUUAAGUUUCCUGGUCACUCGAUGGAGUGCUGGCGCAAAAGCUUGGAUAACAACACGAAAGGCGCGGUCUAUUGAGGAUGCAGACUGUAUACGCUUGGUUCCUCAUGUCCAUCGUGGUCAAGGCGAAAUUGUUCCGCUGCUCAAGGCUGUACCAUCAGAGCCGAUGUCCUACUCGUUCAAUUACCAGCGAGACACUUACAUUGUCGCCGGCAAGAAUCCUGUCGUGUUUACUCGUCUCCCAUACCCAUCCACCCAAUGUCCAUCAUUAUCUACCUUUUUACAUCCCACUGGCCUUAAUCUGGAUGCAAUUCCGCCCUUGAAGUCAUUGUAUGGGAAAAACGAAUUCAACAUUCCGAUCCCCUCUUUUUCCGAACUUUUCGGCGAACAUGCGACGGCUCCUUUCUUCGUUUUCCAAAUAUUCUGUGUUGCGCUCUGGUGCUUGGAUGAGUAUUGGUAUUACAGCAUAUUCACGCUAUUCAUGCUUGUCAUGUUCGAGUGCACCGUGGUCUGGCAGCGCUUGAAAACUCUCACAGAAUUCCGUACAAUGGCUGUCGCACCGUAUCCUAUUCAGUGCUACCGGGAUUCAAAGUGGGUUACCGUUCAGUCUGACGAGCUUCUCCCCGGAGACCUUGUUUCGGUUGCACGACAGCAGUUUGAAACGGUAGUUCCUGCCGACGUCCUUCUUGUGCAAGGCACAUGUAUCGUCAACGAAGCCAUGCUGUCGGGAGAAUCUACCCCGCUACUCAAGGAAUCCAUCCAGCUUCUCGACAGCAAGGACAAACUUGACGUUGACGGCACGCACAAGAACGCGGUCCUGUUCAGUGGAACCAAGGUGCUCCAAGCAAGCCCGACGGGCCAGGGUCAAGUUACUGCAGCGACUCCGGAUGGUGGAUGUCUGGGACUUGUUUUGAGAACCGGUUUCGGCACGGCCCAGGGACAACUUGUGAGGACGAUGAUAUUCUCAACGGAACGCGUUUCCGCGAAUAAUCUCGAAUCAUUCCUGUUUAUUGGAUUCUUGCUCAUCUUCGCGAUCGCCGCUAGUUGGUAUGUUUGGGUGAAGGGCAUCGAGCGCGAUUUAAAAAAGUCUAAACUUUUGCUUGACUGCGUGCUUAUCAUUACGAGCGUCGUUCCCCCGGAAUUACCUAUGGAGCUUUCUUUGGCCGUAAACGCAUCCUUGGUGGCUUUAUCAAAAUUCGCCAUAUUCUGCACCGAGCCAUUCCGUAUCCCGUCCGCUGGCCGCGUCGAUAUUUGUUGCUUCGACAAAACGGGAACCAUUACGGCGGAGAACCUAGUGUUAGAGGGUGUUGCAGGCAUUGACGAAUCAGACAAACUGAAGCUUGUGGACGUCAAGGACACUUCCAAGUAUACCACCCUUUGCUUGGCUGCAGCACAUGCACUCGUUCGUCUCGAUGAUGGGACGAUUGUCGGAGAUCCGAUGGAGAAGACGACGUUGGAAGCCCUUGACUGGCAGCUCUUGAAUGGUGACCAAGUAGCGCCAUCUUCAAUCAAAUCUCCGAAUGCGUCGAGGGUUUUUAUUCGGCGCCGUUUCCAAUUUUCGUCGGCUCUCAAGCGCAUGUCCACCGUGUCGAGCUUGCCCAGUGGCAAGGUCCUCGUCGCUGUUAAAGGUGCACCUGAAACAAUCAAAGGCAUGCUCGCGGAAGUCCCCGAAUGGUAUGAUGUGACGUACAAGUGGUAUACUAGGCGUGGCAGUCGCGUUUUGGCUUUGGGAACAAAGGAGAUGGAUACCAUGUCGAUCGACAAGAUCAAUAAAUUAUCCCGCGAGGGUGUUGAGAGCAGCCUUAUGUUUGCUGGAUUUUUGGUCUUCCAUUGCCCUCUCAAGCCAGAUGCUAUUGAAACCCUCAAGAUGCUUGCCGAUUCGUCGCACAGGUGCAUUAUGAUUACUGGCGACAACCCAUUGACGGCCGUUCAUGUCGCAAGGGAUGUCGAGAUCGUCGAUCGCGACGCCUUGAUUCUGGACUUGCGCGAGAACCCGGCGCAUGAAUCAGAUCUGGUCUGGCGCACCGUGGAUGAAACCAAGAUCAUCCCGGUAGAUCCUUCUCAGCCUUUGGACCAGCGCCUCUUUGACGAGUACGAUAUCUGUGUUACCGGUGCCGCCAUGAAGCAGUUCGAAUCUCGUCCAUCGUGGAAUGACUUGGUGCAAAAUACCUGGGUUUACGCUCGUGUCUCGCCUACGCAGAAGGAAUUCAUCCUCACCAGUCUCAAAACGCUUGGCUAUACUACACUCAUGGCUGGAGACGGCACAAAUGACGUCGGUGCACUCAAGCAGGCUCAUAUCGGCGUCGCUCUUCUAGAUGGGACACCCGAGGACCUCCAGAAAAUAGCGGAAUAUCAGAAAGCCGAGCGGAUCAAGAAAGUCUACGAGAGCCAGCUGAAGAUGUCGGCGAGGUUCGGACAGGUGCCGCCGCCUGUGCCUCCUGCUAUUGCGCACCUCUACCCGGAUGUUGUUGAGGCGCAGAAAAAAGCUGCGGAGAAUUUACAAGCCGCGCGUAAAAAGAAUCCGAUGGAGAAGUUUGACCUCGCUUCGAUCACUGAUGCUAUGGCCAACAUGGAAGGUGAUGAGGAUGUUCCUCAGAUUAAACUUGGAGACGCUUCAUGCGCCGCACCAUUCACAUCGAAGCUGUCCCAUGUCGCUGCCAUUACCCACAUUAUCAGGCAAGGUCGCUGCACUUUGGUUGCUACCAUUCAGAUGUACAAGAUUUUGGCGCUGAACUGCCUUAUCACCGCAUACAGCUUGUCUGUCCAAUAUCUCGACGGCAUCAAGUUUGGUGAUUAUCAGGUAACAGUUAGCGGAAUGUUGAUGUCCGUCUGUUUCCUCUGCAUAUCCCGGGCCAAGCCGGUUGAAAAACUUUCCCGGGAGAGGCCGCUAGGCAACAUCUUUAACCUCUACGUUCUACUAUCCGUGCUGCUCCAGUUUGCCCUGCACAUCAUAUCGCUCGUUUACAUUACGAACUUGUCGCAUUUCCAUGAGCCAGCUGGUGUAAUUGACCUCGAGGCGAAGUUCGAGCCCAGUCUCUUGAACACCGCUAUCUACCUUCUGGGCCUCUCUCAACAGGUUUCGACAUUCACUAUCAACUUCCAGGGCCGCCCGUUCCGUGAGGGAAUCCGCGAGAACUCGAGCUUAUACUGGGGACUUGUUGGUGCUAGUGCUGUUGCGUUCUCUGGAGCUACGGACUUUAUGCCCGAGAUGAACAGAUGGCUACAGAUCGUUGAGAUGGAGGGACCGUUCAAAGUGAAGUUAACCAGCGUCAUGAUCGCCGACUUUGUUGGUUGUUGGAUUAUCGAGAAGCUCUGCAAACGCCUCUUCGCAGAUCUCGAACCCAAACCGUUAGUCACUCGGGGUAGGGAACGGAGGGAGGCGAGACGAAGGGAAGAGGCUAGAUUAGUAGAAGAGGCAGCUGCAGAGAAGAAAUCUCAGUAAAUACGCUGCAUACAUGUAGCUAGAUGCCCCACGCAAAGCUUUCGAGAUCAUAAUAAUAUUGUAGACUUCUCCAAG